AUGGAAUCCCCACGCUCGGCGAAGCGCAGAAAGCUCGAGACAAUACCAGAAAGUCCUGGACCCGCGAAUCACAAGACGACAGCGGCACCGCCGACGGCCUCUACAGGAAAGACAAGCACGACGACAAGCACCACAGACAAAGACGAUGCGCGCGACACCAUCAGAGUUGCCAGUGUGGCUACGCCCUCCUCUCUCAACCUCACCCCGUCCAAACCAACUCCUCGACCGGCGCCAAUGUCUGCGGGACGGGGCAUCGGCGGCUUGAUGGCCCGCCUCAAUGCAAAGAUCGCCGAACAACAGUCACCGCGAAAGUCGCCCGUCAAGAACGGAACGGAGGGCACCCCUGUCGCUACGAAGAAACCAGAACUACAAGAGCUGGAAAAGAGUGCAAAGGUCAAGACUUUGUCGCAGAAGCUACGGGAUACGUUCGAGCAAGAGCAGCUGGAGAGGGCGGCCAAGAGGAGGCCGAAGCUGAGGAACCCCGGUGAUGGCAAUGGAAUUGAGUCCCAAGGGCAGAGAAGUCUUUCUGCCAGUCCGGUCAAGCUGCAACCACCGCCGACGAGCGAGAAGAGGAGGCCUGGACGGCCGAGGAAGAUUGUUCAAGAGCUGAUACUGGACACGACCGCUGAAGAUGACGAGGGCCCCGUCAGUCCCUCCAAGCUCGCUUCGUCCAGAAAACCGCAGCAACGACACGUAAGCCCCAUGAAGCUAGAAAGACCACAAUUCACUCCCAGAAAGGCCAUUGCCAGCCCUCUCAAACCUCGCACCAUGAUCGACUUGGACGUCAAACCUCUGCAAACAAACGCUUCGGCCAACCUCGACAUGUCCACCGCAGAUCUGCAAGCGAUCCAGUCUGCUGUGUUGCAUCAACUACAAGGACGCACACAUACAGCCUUUGUAGGUCUGGAGGAAGAGCAUGCAAAGAUAGCCGCCUUGGUGCAUCAAACAAUUGUAGCGGGAGAGAGUAAUAGUAUGCUUGUCAUUGGUGCAAGAGGAAGCGGAAAGACGGCUGUCGUCGAAUCCAUCCUUCGGGAACAGGCACGCGAGAACCCAGACCUCUUCCACAUCGUGCGAUUGAAUGCCUUCAUCCACACAGACGACAAGAUUGCAUUAAAAGACAUCUGGCGCCAGUUGGGCAAAGAUAUGGACCUUGAGGACUCUGAGCAAUCAAAGAACUAUGCGGACACCCUCACCACCCUCCUUGCUCUUCUCUCACAUCCUGAAGAAUUGGGAAGAUCAGCCGAGCAGAUGACCAAGAGUGUCGUCUUCGUCCUGGAUGAGUUCGAUCUCUUCACCACGCAUCCGCGACAAACACUUCUCUACAACCUCUUUGACAUUGCACAAAGCAGGAAAGCUCCUAUCGCAGUCUUGGGCCUGACGACGAGGUUUGAUGUCGUCGAGCAAUUGGAGAAGAGAGUCAAGAGUCGCUUCAGUCAUCGCUAUGUCCAUCUUUCCUUAAGCAAAGAUCUUUCUUCUUUUCGACACAUUUGCCAGAAUGCAAUGACGCCUGCAGAUAAUAUGGGAGAGAUCAGUGACGAGGGUAGAAAGACUUGGUACGCCGUGCUCAACGACCUGUUUACUCUCGACACCUUCAACACCCAUCUCAGACAAUCUUACUAUCUCUCCAAAAGCAUCAGGGGCUUUCAGACAAGUAUGCUGCUGGCAGUCAGUACCUUACCUACCUCUUCUUCCGCCAACAUAUCAGCGCAAGACUUGCUCACUCAUCUUGCCGAUUCGACGUCAUUGAACACUCUACAACCACCAGAUUCAAAACUGUCAGCAUUGGCAUCACUUUCACAACUACAACUUGCGCUACUCAUCUCUGCUGCUCGUCUCACCAUCGUUCACGACACUGAAAACGUCACCUUUCCACUUUGCUACGCCGAAUACGUAUCUCUGGCGUCCAAGGCAAAGAUUGCAGCAUCGGCAUCGGGACAAUUCGCCCAUGGAGCAGGCAUUGGAAGAGUGUGGGGCAAGGAUGUGGCGAGAGGUGCUUGGGAAGGUUUGGGUAGGAAGAAACUUAUCAUGGAGGAAGGCAAGGGAGAUAGCUGUAGGGUCGACGUGAGGUUAGAGGAGAUUGGUGAUGCAGAAGUGGAACUGGGCGCUGUCAUGACAAAAUGGUGUAGAGAAAUUUGA